CCUUCCUCCAGAUUAUUUUCUACUUUGCGUGCUAUCACACAGACGCUUCCCUCUUGUAUCAAUGCGUGAUUGAAGGGAAACUUCUUUUGGGAAGUGCGUGGAACUACUUUUGGUCGACUUUGGAGCGAAAACGCUCAUAUCUUCUCGCACACGGCUUCAUGGAAACGUUAUUUAACAUAAUGUGUCUGUCAGUCUUCUACGACAUGCCAUAAACAGUGUGCGGCCUGGUCAUAUUUUAUUCCAAGAGUGUUAUGUUUUUGGUUUUUACUACGUCGCGGAAGGAUCUAAUUUUCUCAAGCGAGGGUCGACACAUCCGCCCAGUUUUCCGAUGUUUCAUUCCCCCCCGAAUUGAAAAUGGAGUUCGAUUAAAGCAGAUGCCCCACAACUUCUCAAGGAAAUUUCCAGCCUGCCUGUUUUUACUUUAACCGCCAGUGUUCGUGUUGAAAGCAGUUGGACCUUUUCGGGGGGCUUUGGAUGCCUUUACUGCAGAGUCCUCGGACACGUUGACGGAGCAACGCCGCACACAGCGCUUUUUCAAGUGUUGUACUGGACCUGAAGUUGGCGAAUGGAUGCUCGACAGCCAGCCAUAAAUAACCUGCCAAACCACACAGUCUGCAGCCGUCCCUGCGUGUUUUGAGGAUCUAAACGCAUUUUUACUCGCAAAGCGAGGAUCUGUGUUUGUCGAGGGAGAGGACGAUGCGGAUGAUGGCCCAUUUGUUGUGGUCGGAUUUUACUUCCAGGGAGGAUAAAAUGAAUCAACGGUUGUCAUUCCUCCUCCUCCUCGCGAUUUAACGUUAGUUCCAGUCGCCAGCAAAGCUAACGUUAAGCUAGCUCCCCACUUGGUUUUCACAUGGACGCUUAUUGAGUCAGGUUUAUACCCCGUUGUACGUCGUCUGCUUACCAUCCCGGACAGAGGUUUAUUUCUACAUGUGAAGGAAAAUGGUGAUAUUUGUGGUAUUUUAUCCCGCCGUCACUGCGUUGUCGAUGCUAUUGCUAGGAUUUGGAUCCCCGUGAGGAAAAAAAUGAGUGAAGAUUCAACAAAUCCAAACAACGAUGACAAUUAUGCACGUGUGAGAGCAGUGGUCAUGACUCGGGACGACUCCAGUGGUGGGUGGCUUCCCCUGGGGGGCGGAGGCCUUAGCUGUGUCACCGUCUAUAAGGUGAGCCGUGCGGAGGACAGCAACAGCACCCACAGUGGAGGCAGCGGAGGAAGCAACAACAAUCUUAGCCCCUGUAGCCCCAGUCCUAGUCCCAGUCCCACCACUGUGGAGUUCCACAUCAAGGGCGAGAGGCUCAAAGACAAAUUGGUGGUCCUGGAGUGUGUGCUACAAAAAGGCAUCGUAUACAACAAGGUCAAUCCCAUCUUUCAUCACUGGAGAAUCAACGAUAAAAAGUUUGGACUGACCUUCCAGAGCCCCGCCGACGCCCGUGCUUUUGACCGGGGCAUUCGCCGAGCCAUUGAGGACAUCAACCAAGGAUGUCGACCGUUUGGUGAAGGCGAUACUCCAGAGGACGGACUACCGGUGUGUGACGAACCUCCCUCCAUCUGUACACCGAUGAAAGAACCGUUCUCCCCCCUGAACAACGUCGUCUCCACCGAGCCAUUCCGGGGCUGCUACGUCCGCGCACAGCCCUUCGAUGAGUUCCCCUCCAGCAACCGCCGCUAUCUGCCUCCACAGGUCUCCUUUAAGUCAACCCGUCAUGUCAGCUUUCACAUGGACGAGGAGGAGAUUGUUCGCAUCAACCCUCGCAAGGACGUGCUCAUCCGCGGCUAUGAGGACUACCGCCAUCCUGUCAUGUGGAAACAGGAGGCGGACCGCGAGGAUCUGGACUUCCCCACCACCUUCCACAAACUGGACAGUAAGAAGUGCGAGUACCUCUUCCCGGACGGCCCCGGUGGGGACUCCCACUCCGGCCCCGGUAUGGGAAUAGGAACAGGUAUGGGGCUGGGUUUGGGCAAGGACACAGCCAUCAAGACUCAGCCCUCACCCCUGCUCAAGUCCAAGAAGGGGCGGCGGCGACGAGAGGACGGCGAGCGCUCGCGCUGCAUUUACUGUCGGGAGAUGUUCAACCACGAAGACAACUGGCGGGGGCAGUGCCAGGACGCCCCCGACCCAAUCAAGCAGUGUAUCUACAAAGUCAGCUGCAUGCUGUGCGCAGAGAGCAUGCUGUACCACUGCAUGUCUGACUCCGAGGGCGACUUUUCAGACCCUUGCUCAUGUGACACGUCUGACGAGCAGUUCUGUCUACGCUGGCUGGCCCUGGUGGCGCUCUCCUUCAUCGCGCCCUGCAUGUGCUGCUACCUGCCCCUGCGCGCCUGCCACCAUUGUGGCGAGGCCUGCCGCUGCUGCGGGGGCAAGCACAAAGCCGCGGGGUGACCCGUCACCAGGCUCUGGGACACCCUCAAAGCUAUAGCUAACACAGGAAGUGGAUAAAAGCGGAAAAUUAAAAGCCGACAUCCUUUUUUCAUUCCCCUCUCAGACGGGGUGAUGUGUUGUUGAUCCCCAGCUCUGAGGGCUUUUGGAGAUUUCAGUUUGUGUUUGUCGUACGACAAGCAGCGGUGGAGGACAAACCAUAUGCUUUGUGGGGGGCUCUGAGCAUCAAGCUACGUUCAGGAGCUUCACCUGAGGAGAAGGGGGGAAUCGUCAAGAUUAAUAGACUUGGAGAUGUUACUUAACACACCUGUACACAUACACACAUUCAUUGACAGAGCCAGGCCACAAACGUCAGAACUCUACUUCAAGUAAAGUGUAACUUUAUGAAGGAAAAAUGUCUUUUGUACAGAGAGCAGCAACAUAUUGACAAAAAAAGAAAAGAAAAAGAAAACAAAAGCUAUUCUGCAUUCACAAAAAUACUUGCUGUCUGAGUAUGCUAAAAGGGAUACGUUCUUGCUUUUUGUGUGAAUUUACAGUUGGGUAACAGUGGCCUUUCCUUCACAGCUUAAGCAUUUUCUGACAGUAUAAUUACUAGAUGGAGAAAAGUGCAACAGAAAUGGUAUUUUCCCCCUCAAAGUUACCCUCUCAAUUUGUUGGGGGGGGUUAGGGGGGUACUUUAGCCACCAUAUUUAGUGUAAUUUUAACAUUAGAGGGAUGCUGCUGUGGUGGGUGUAUGGCAAAUAUGAUUUCCUUGUUUUCUUUUCCAUGACAUGUUGUAAAAAAAAAAAAAAAAGCUUGUUUCUAGACGUUCAGCUGGCACAGCUUUUGACAUUCAUAACAAGGUGUUACGACGGUUACCUUGCCUUCCAGAGGUGAUUUCAAACAUCUGAUUGCAUUCCAAAAUGAAGGGGUCGAUUCCACCAUUACAACGGAGAAUGGUUAAGACUAAGACAUGCUUAGUUCCCCGAAAUGUUUUUUUCCACAAGAAAAAAACCCAAAACAAUAUUAGAUCAUCUUGAACCAUUCAAAUUACAAUGGACAAUUUCAUUCACUCCAGUAAAAUCUUGCUUUUAGUCCAUUUAUUUACUAUUGUAGUGAAAUUGUUGUUUUGUUUCCACAUUUUUUUUUUCCUGCUCAUUUUAUAAUUAUUAUUUUUUGAAACAAAGGCUGAAAUGUUGCUCAACCAGCAAGUUUUGUUUUGGUGAGUACAGGGGGUUAUGGUGCUCCUUGGUUAAAUGACGAGGCACUUAAAUUAGGCUGUUCUUUAAUUAAAGGAAUAAGUCUGUGUAUAAAUCUAUAACAUCCAAUUUGGCAUCUCCUCAAAAGCACUGCUCUCCAAGCUUUGGUUGCAGCACCCUCUUCAAAUUUCCACGUUUGUCCCCAUGAAUAGUGAUUCUCUUAAGCGUUUUCUUUUUACGUAGUGUACAUGUAGUAUUGUACGUCAGUCCGCUCCCUCCCCCGUGUCGUCACUUAACGGGCCCCGAGUGGAUAAAUGGAUGCGUGGUUUAAGGAAUACUCUGUAUCUUAGCCAUAUGUGUAAAAGAAAAAAAGAAAAACCAUCACGUUGUGUAUGUAUACUGUGUGUGACGGUGCGUGUGUGUGCGUGCGUGUAGGUCUUCAUAUGCUCUGGUGAUCUGAUGUUACGUAACAACGUCACCACUGUGCGAUCGAGGCUUUGGCUCUUAAAAGUACUGACUGGCUAACGUCCUGGUGUCUUUGUCUAAUGGCUCCACAGUGAUGAUCAAAGGAAUUACUAGUCAUUUUGGGAAAUUCACUUGCCCGCUAAAGCUCACUGGUUAACAUAUUACGUCUAACUCACACAAAACAAUGCAUUGUAAGCAUAGUAAUUGCUACUGUACUCCGUUAAACUACAGCGUGUGGUUUUGACACGUGUCUUACGUAAACAAACGCAAUGAUAACAUAUUAAUUAUUGAGCUUCGGGGGUGGAGGUGUCUUUCGUCGGCUCUGAAGAUAGUCAGGCUGGCUGUUAACUGUCUUAAUAUGAAGCUAAGCUAUGACGUUGGCAUUUAUUUUCAAACAUAACUCAAGGAAAGACGAGAAACGAGCCACAUUCUGCUCCUUUGGCAUCAGAUAGGCUUCAAACCAAAAUCAUGUAGUACAUAAUGAUUGUUUACCAAGCUUCUCUGAACUUAGUUUAUAGAUCCCCCCCCCAGAAGUAACAGUUCAGUCCAAUAUCUGGCUGCAAUAACAAACUAAAUUCCACACAGCGGAGCAUUAGCACGUUUCAGACUGAGUGUCAACAGUGACACGCCUCGCUACUGAACAGCAGAUGUGGCACAACAUCCCCCGCGCUGUUGCUAACUGAUAUGCACCUCUUCCCACCUCCUAUUCCUCCUAGUUAAGAAAAAAAAAAGAAGAAUCUAUUGUGGCAGGAGAGACCUUUAUUUUCUUAAUUCCACCCUGACCAACGCUCCCUUUACUUUCUAUGCAAACUUUCUAAUGUGGGAAACACAUUGACCUCUCUGCAGGCUGAGUCAGUGACAGGACAGGACAGGACACACUGUAGAGGUAGACGAUCGACUCCUGGUACCAAACUCCAAACACCUGUAAAUACUUAACACUAUAUUUAAGUACUGAUAAUAAUCCCAGCUUUUCCUUUUUGUUGUUUUUUUUUUGGAAAUUUUAAAGAUAGAACUAUAUUUAUCGCCGCUGUCAGCAUAUACUGUAGCUUCAAUUGACAGCGCUAUGUACAUAGGUCACCUUUUAGUAUUAUUUCACAUUGAAAAGUAGAGGGCGGUCGCGAUGGAAAUGACUAUUGAGCUUCUAAUAGAGUUUCUCUCUAGUUUUGUACGGUAGACAGAAGGAUAGUGCUAACACGGUACGGUUGUGUCAGUCCACUUGUUUCAAAAGUUUGAUAUAUAUAAAUAUAUAUAUGUAUAUUUACAAACGUACAUAUAAAGCUGCUAGAUACAAUCACUAAUUUUAUUGUGUUGACAGAGAAAAAUCAGCUAUGAAUGACUGUUAAACCCUAAAUCUCUUAACGACGUGCGGUAACGUCCAGACGUCCAAGACCACGCUCGCUGGUGUCCCGACGUCUGGACGGCGCCGCGUCACCGUUGGCGGCAAAUUUCCGUCGUGUUCGAUGCACGAGUGUGACUAUAUACGUGUUCUUGUGUGUCCACGAGUGUGCGCGCGCGUGCGUGUGUGUUUGUACUGUGUGUGUGUGUGCGUGCAUGUGGGGUUGGUGUGUAACCAAAGGUUUGGUUGGUCGCCAUAUUCUCCCAUUGAAAAUUGGAUUUCCCUGCAUUAUUUGCAAGCUGAACCAAGGUUUGAUGAACCUAAUUAAAACUUGCUGGCUGAGACGCAAAAUGUAGGAUGUGCAUUUAUACAAAGUGUAGAGAAUGCUGAAAUAACACUUUCUCAUUCUGCAUUAACCAGCACAGUCAUGUACUGUAUUAUAUAUGCAACAUGUGUCUGUCCGCUUUAAUAUAUAUAUUUUUUUGACCUGCAUUAUAUAAGACUUCAGUUUUAACCACUUUGCUGCUAGUCUUUUAUCCUCUUUCAGUCUUGGAAAUUGUGCAUAUCUUUGGGAAUGCAUACAAGUGUACAUUCUUGACAUCGUGUAGAUUUAAAAAAACAAAACAAAAAAAAAGAAGAAAAAAAAAGCUAUAUAAAUCUGUUUCUCUUCAGUGUAUUGUUUUAAAAAGGUUCCUUUACACAGCAGUCGAGUGGUUAUGUUUCAAUUCUCUGAUGCUUUGGUGCACUGAUGAUACUCUAUGUACGCUUUUUUUUCAUCUUACAGUGCUUGGUGUAACAUUUAUGUGAUUAGUUCUAAAUAGUGGAAAACAUUUGUGUUUUGAAACUUGCAGUAUAAAUGGUACUACUCUUAACUAUUCUGUAAACACUGCCUGUUUUCUUUCUUUUUCCUUUUUUUUUUCACUCUCUUUGUGCAUAUUUCUUUCCCGUGCAUCCCCCCCCCCUUAGUGCCAUCAGCUUUCACAUCCUGACAACCUCAAAAAAGUGCCUCACGUCCAUCCUAGUUUCCAUCUUACUAUUUAACAUCUCUCGUUCUGGUUCUCUUGGUUUCUACACGUCUAGGUAUUUCCUCUGGUUCGAGAAUACCAAGUAUAUGAUGUAAAAUUUAUAGUCCCAAUAACAUGUCAUAGUUGUAUUUUCUUCAUACAGAUGUAGCUCAUUACUUUUCAUAAAUAUAUAAUGUAAAUAUGCAUACAUAUGUUUGUAACUGUUUUUAUGUUACAUCAUACACUUGUAAUUUGACAUAUCAAAUAACAUUAUCAUAAUAAAAUGGUGAGUUUUAA